UCAUGUUACAGUCCAAAACCAAAAAGAUGAGAUGCAGGUUUGUUGUGAACUAUUGGAUGAUGACAUCACCUCCACUGGAAAGGGGAGGGGGAGAGGAUUCAGUGUGCCAGUGCGACGCUCAGGUAGUGAACACGACAGAGUGGGAAACGGAAUGGCGGAGCAAACGCCACACCAACAUGAUGGUCUGUGGGAUUUUCUCCGAAAGCGAGGUGUUGCUGAACAAAACAUCAACCAGAUGCAACAAGACAAGAUCGACACAUCACUUAUCAGAGAAAUAGAAGACGCCUACCUUGCACGCUAUAUACCAGUGUAUGGGGACAGGAUUGCUACGAGGCGAUACUGUCUGGACAAACAAAAACGAGAAGAAGACAACAGCUCAAAGAUGUCUCUUCUGGAAAAACUGCGAAAGAGAAUGAGGACAUCAACAGCAAGCCAUAGUGAGGAUUCUGGACAGGAACCUUGGACCGCAAGAAAAGUAAGAGCUAAUCCAUCUAAAAAUGCUUUGAAGACUUCAAGAAAAAUUGAGUUGGGGUGGAUCCAUGAAGGAAAACAAGUGAGAAAGCGUUCUGGUGGGGGCACCAGGGUACUUGAUGUAAACAAGGAUUCAUCCAAAAAAGACCUUAUGUCUCAUGCAAAAGAACUGUUUUUUCCACAUGGUGAAUCAAAAAAAGGAAAAUGGGAAGACUUCAUGCACAAUAUUUAUGACUUUAAGGAAACAGAACUUGAUGAGACCACUACUGUUGGUGAGUUGUACACAAUGUCAAAAUUUGGGAUUUUGCGUUUUUACCUAAGCACAAAAUGUUGCAAAGCAGAAUCUGACACAGAGGAGGACAAGAUGGACAGACAUGGUGACACUUAAGGAGCGCAGCAGAGACGGG